AUGGAAAGGAACUUCUUCAGAGGUUCUGCCUUGGCGACAUGGUUGGGGUUUACAGCGACCUUCGCGGCGCGUCCCUUGGGCGGAAUGUUCCUUGGGAUCUUGAGCGAUACCUUUGGCCGCAAGAUGGCGGUGAUUGUCUCUGUGAUCGGCAUGUUGGCAGCUACAGUCGGGCAAGGAUUGCUCCCAACGCCCCGGCUGUGGGGGAACGACAGUGGCAUGGCUGACCUAGGCGUUGGUCUGCUAUUUUUUCUUCGCCUCGUGCAGGGGCUCUGCACAGGUGGUGAGAUAGGAGCUGUAACAACUUACAUCACAGAGGUCUCACCUCGCCGCUCCAUGGGGCGCUGCGUCACAUGUAUCUCCAUAACGGCCAAUGCCGGUUUCAUGCUGGCAAGGCUGGUCGUUUGGGCUUUCCAGUCUCACUUUGGUGAGGGCAGCAUGUUGGAUUGGGCGUGGCGUUGGCCUUUCAUUCUGGCCAUCGUCCCCGGACUGGUCAGCGUUUGGGGGCGUUUGUUUUGCUUGCGGGAAUCUGAGCUCUUCGAGGAAGAGCAUGCCCACUCUGAGAUUUCAAACAGUGACAGCGACAAUGAUCUUAACGAGGCAGUUGGCCGGCCAAAAGACAGGAAGUCCACGAGGCGACAGUUGAUGGAGUUUGCUUGUACCCACUUCUCCGCUGUCAUGAUCGGCAUCGGGGGGGUCAUGUCUUUUGCAGUCUUUCAGUAUGGUGGUCUGGUCUGGAUGAAUUCCUUUCUGAAGAAGCACGGGGCUCCGCCGGACUACUUAAUGCUGGCAGGGACUUGCUCAAGACUGCUCCAGAUGGCUUUGGCGCUUCCGGUUGGCUGGCUGGCUGACAUAUACGGCACGGGCUUGCUCAUGCUCGCUGGCGCAAUCGCUCAGACUGCAGCCGGCUUGCCUCUCUUCAUGGCCUUAGCUUCUGAUCCUGGGAGCGUUGCAAACCUGUUUGCCACGUAUACGGUUGCCUCAAGCUUAGUGACGAGCCUGCAAUUCACGGUCUACUUGUACUGCGCUGAGCUUUUCCCCACGGCGGUCCGCAACUUGGGAGUGGGGGUGAGCUACAACAUUGGCUUCGGCCUCUUUGGCGGCUUUGCUCCCCUCUUCGCCGAAGCAUCUCUCGAGUGGACGCCAUAUGGGCCAGGACUGAUGCUGUCCUUGGCAGGCCUGAUCACUUCUGCGACGAUCCUGGCCAGCGUGCGCUGCCAACGUACCGGACGGGUUCAGCUGGCGCACAUCCGGCCUCGGCCAUACAUGGGUACCUGGGCUGAUGGAGAUGGGAGCAUGGGUGCCGGGUAG